AAAUAUACAGCUCUACAACAGUACAGUACGCCUCUCAUGAGGACGACCGCACACAAUCACCUCCCUUACCGGCGUCACUUUCCCAUUUUCACUUUUUUUUUUUUUCAGCAGACGUAAAAUUCGGCGAGCUCGCUCAGCGACUCCGGCUGGGGAUCGGCGUUUUCCAGCAUCCAGAGGAGGUGCUCGAACAUAACGACCUCGCAGCCGACGACGAUCGCGUCUUCCUCCUCACCGCCGCUGCCGGAGCGCCGAUCGACGAGCUCGCGGAAGAGCGGAUUUUCCGAAACGUAGGCAGGGACGAGGUACCUCCGCCGAGACUUCCCGACGUAGACAGGGCGGAGAUCCUCGCCGCCGCUUCCGGCGGCGGCGGUCGGGUCGAACGAGUCGUCCCCUCUUUCGCCGUUGUCACCACACUUUUGUUGUCUACUUCCACGAUAAUUUUACGACACCCCAAGUCCCAGGCUAACAUUAAUCCUUGGAAAAGGCCCCAUAACUCUGCUCCUAGAAUAGAACAAUACCCAAUAGGCCAAUAUUCAUCACAAACCCCCCGAGCCAACGACCCUCUGCAUCACAAACCAAACCCCCAGUGGAUUCCAUCCCAGACGAAGCCAAAAAAGACCCAUACGU